GAUACUUUCACAGCCUCUUCUCCACCCUAAAGAUAUUUAAAUCAGAGUUGCUCUCCAUUCGACAUAACUAGCUUCACCCGACGGUAUCUCUCCACAAGUGGUUUCUAACAGUAUAUUUUCUACCAUUCGAAAUGGCUCCCGUUCAGAACGAGGUGAAGGCGCCUUCGUCCGAGGUCAAGUGCUGCCGCUGCGGAGGGUCGAAGGGUUCGUGGGACAUGUUCCUUCCUAUCACUCAAAGGGGAAGCUUCUUCCAGGACUCCUUCUUCUCCAACAUGCAGCAGCACUUCGACGCCGCCGUCAGGCAGGUCCUGGACCAGUGGAGCGGCUCUGACCUCAGGAUCACAGACCGCACGGAGAACGCGAACAUCCGCCACAGCGAUGUCCUUGGCCGCUAUAGAAGGCUUCGAUCCGUCGACCUGAAGGAGGAGAACCAGGCUGUCACUGUCACGUCGGAUGACACCAGUCACAAGGUGGUGCUGGACGUGCAUGAGUUCCUGGGAGGAGACGUGAGGGUGAAGGUGGUUGGCGAGAGGGAGCUGCAGGUGGAAGGACGCGUGGACAGGAAGGAGGAAGGAAGUCCUUGCGUGACUUCGCACACCUUCAGACGCCGCUUCUCCUUGCCACGUCUCACCGACAUGACGGCCAUCACUUCUGCCAUGUCGUCAGAUGGCGUCCUCACCAUCACAGUGCCUAAACUGGAAAACGAAGAUCAGAAGACCACCAUCAUCCCCAUCAAGGUCGAAGAGACACAGAAGAAUUCACAGGCAAAUGCUUCCAUGACAUCAGGGGCUCAAGGUACACACAAACAGGAAUUCAAAUGCGAACAUUGCAGUCGGGAAGUCGUCUGCAACAAGGAAGGUGUUAGCGAAACGUGUCUCAAGCAACAGAGCGAUUCCUUCGUUGGACACAACUUCCUUCCCAUCGUGCGCAGAGGACUCUUCUUCGACGAUUCCUUCUUCCAGGAAAGCCGGAAGGAUUUCCAGAGGGCGGUGAAGGAAGUGUUGAACAAGUGGGGAGAACAGUCCUCUAUUGGCGACGACCUAACGCGCUACAGAAGUCUCCGAAGUCGUGACUUGAGAGAAGAAAACCAGGCUGUCACAUCCUCGGAAAAUGAACGUCAACAUAAGUUCGUUCUCGACGUGAAAGACUUCAGUGACGGUGGAGAGAUCAGCGUGAAGGCUGUGAGCGACAGAGAGUUGGUGGUCGAAGGCCGCAAGGAGAAGCAGGGAGACGGGUCGAGGUGCUCUCAGCGGUUCCUUCGGCGCUUCGUCGUUCCUGGAGACAUCCAGCUGGAUGGCGUCACCUCAGUCGUGUCUUCUGACGGUGUGCUCACCAUCUCGGCUCCUAAGAAGCAGUCGAGGCUCCAAAUCCGGGAAGUACCUGUUCCCAUUCAAAACGAAGGACAGAAAUCUGGUACUUCUGGCACUGCCGUGAACAACGCAGAUACCAAGUCCAACGAUGCUUCAUCAGUCAUUCUUCCUAAAUCUCAAAAUGAAUCUCACAUCAGCGGAGUCUCUACUCCGUCCAAAGUAUCUUCGCAAGCCAAAUCGACUCGCGGCCCUGAAGAACUCUCAUCCUCAAACCAGAAGGGAGAUUCUCAACAGAACACCACCGCCAUUCCCGUCAAAGUCCAGGAAACAGGAGGGCUCUCGGAGAGGCCGACCUCCUCCCAUUCCAAGACCUCGACAGGUGUCGGCGACGAAGACGCCUCUGCCAGAUCGAGCUCCUUGGCCGCGAAAGGAAGAGGAGGCGACGCUGACGAGGGCGAGCAAAAAGAGGAAGACCUCUAUAAGCUGAAGGGAAAUGGAGCCAAGUUCCCCAUCAAGAUUAAUGGGUCUGUGAUAAACAACAACUCGCUGUGAUUUGAAUUAGACAUUCCAAAUAAGAAUUGAACAUGAUAAGUAUUAAAAAAUAAAGAUAU